UUUGUGUGGGCACCAGUCGCCGGGCAGGCUCCCGAGGAGCAGCCGCCGCCAUUUUGUGCGUGCCCGAGCCCGUCCCCGUCCCUCAUUCCCCCCCCCCCGGCGCUGCGGGAGCGGCGGCAGCAGCCGGGCCGCGCCGUGCCCGUGAGGUGAGGCGAGGCGAGGCGAGGCGCGGGGCCCGGCCGACGGGAGGCAGCGCUCGGCGGCCGCCGCAGCCCUGAAGCGGCGCCGCGCGGGGGAAGAGGCGGCAAGACGGAGGCGGGGGGGAGAAGAGCGGCGGCGGCGCUGCCCCCCGGCGGGAGGAGGAGCCUCGGCGCCAGGCCCCGGCGCGGCCCCGGCCCCGCUCCCGGCGGCGGCAUGGAGAACUCGCAGCUGUGCAAGCUGUUCAUCGGCGGCCUCAACGUGCAGACCACGGAGGCCGGGCUGCGGGAGCACUUCGCGGCCUACGGCACCCUGACCGACUGCGUGGUGGUGCUCAACCCGCAGACCAAGCGCUCCCGCUGCUUCGGCUUCGUCACCUACUCGGCGGUGGAGGAGGCCGACGCCGCCAUGGCCGCGUCCCCCCACGCCGUGGACGGCAACGCGGUGGAGCUGAAGCGGGCCGUGUCCCGGGAGGACUCGGCCAAGCCCGGGGCUCACGCCAAGGUGAAGAAGCUCUUCGUGGGCGGCCUCAAGGGGGACGUGGCCGAGGGGGACCUGGUGCAGCACUUCAGCCAGUUCGGCCCCGUGGAGAAGGCGGAGAUCAUCGCCGACAAGCAGAGCGGCAAGAAGCGCGGCUUCGGCUUCGUCUACUUCCAGAACCACGACGCGGCCGACAAGGCGGCCGUGGUCAAGUUCCACCCGAUCCAGGGCCACCGCGUGGAGGUGAAGAAGGCCGUGCCCAAGGAGGACAUCCAGGCGGGCGGGGGGGGCGGCGGCGCGGCCAGGCCCUCGCGGGGAGGCCGAGGAGGAGGAGGACGGGGCCGGGGCGGCGGCGGAUCCGGCAACCGGGACCACAACGGGCUGGCCAAGGGAGGCGGCGGUUACAACAGCUACGGCGGCUACGGCGGGGGAGGAGGCGGCGGCGGGUACGGCUCCUACGGCGGCGGCGGCGGCGGCUCCUACGGAGGAGGCGGCGGAGGCGGCGACUACGGCAACGGGUACGGCGGGUUCGGCAGCUACAGCCAGCACCAGUCCUCCUACGGGCCCAUGAAGAGCGGCGGAGGAGGCGGAGGAGGGGGCGGCAGCUGGGGGGGCCGCAGUAACAGUGGACCGUACAGAGGAGGCUAUGGCGGGGGAGGCUACGGGGGCGGCUCCUUCUGAGCCGGAGCGCCCGUAUCCGCCGGGGGGGCGGCGUGCAGAGUCCUCCCUCCGGCACGGGGCAGCUUGGAAAUGGUUUCUCCCCUCGCCCGCCGAAGGGCAGCUCCUUUUAAAUGCCUCCCCGCUGUGGGAGCAGCUCCUAAAUGCCCCCUGGGGGUCGCCUCUGCUGCCUGUGCCACUUCUUUUCUCUCGGAAGAUGGACUGGGCCCCACACACACACAUACUUUGUGUUACAGUCAUUGAUGGACUCUAUUUUUUUAUUAUUACUUGGACCUUGGUCGUUUUUAUACUAGCAACGAAAAAUGUCUUGUUUUAAUUUUUUUUUUUUGGGGUGGGGUACGGGGUGGGAAGCGUCUUGCUGAUCUGGAGUAAAAACUGGGGAGGGUUACGGGGGAAUUUUCUUUGUUGUAAGGACUCGAUACCUGGCUACUACAUUUUUUUCUACAAAACCUACUCGGAUCCCAUGACUGAAAUUAACAUUUCUGUAAAGGAGGAAAAAAAAAUCGUUUUUACGUUUUUUAUUUUUUAAAUAAAUCAUUGUGUUCAUUGACCUUUACAUGUCUAAUUUUUUUCCUAGGAUCCAUUCCGUACGGUUUAAGGCUUUUCUAGGUUUGAAGCAAGUGUUCCUCUGCUUUAAAGUCUCUAUGUAUUCAGAGUAAAUAUUUUAUUGCCAGUAAAGGUCCUGAUCGACUUUUUUGCUACCCCCCUAGCGGAUUUAUUGGUUUUCAAACACUCGACAGAGAAAUUUUUGAAGUACUAAUCCAUGGAUGUGGUCUGUUUUUUAAUUACUCGUUCUCACACAGUUUGUGUGCAUCCACCAUCUUGUACUAGGCAGUUUGACGUGCUGACAUGGUUGGUCAAUUUUUUCUAUAGGACUUUUCCAUCAACGUAUGUACUGUGUAGUUUUGAAGAAAUAGUUUGUGUUAAGCAUGUGCUUCAUUCAUAUAAAAUGUUCAGAAUUUCCGA